AUGGCGUCGUUCUUAGAAAAUACUUACAGCCUGGUCCACCAGGACAACACGGCGGACCAGCCUUCUCUGCAAGACCUCAAAAUGCAAUUAGAGAAGGGCACCGACGAGACAAAAUUGGAGACCAUGCGGAGAAUCAUAACAAUCAUGCUCAAUGGCGACCCAAUGCCCCUGCUACUCAUGCACAUCAUUCGAUUUGUUAUGCCCUCGAAGAGCAAGUCUCUGAAAAAGCUUCUCUACUUCUACUACGAAAUCUGCCCGAAGCUCGAUGCUACUGGAAAGUUGAAACAAGAGAUGAUUUUGGUUUGCAAUGGUAUUCGGAACGACUUGCAACAUCCUAACGAAUAUGUCCGAGGAAACACUCUCCGCUUUCUUUGCAAACUCCGUGAGCCUGAACUUAUUGAACCUCUCCUCUCUUCAGCUCGCUCCUGCCUCGAACACCGCCACGCCUAUGUGCGGAAGAAUGCCGUGUGGGCUGUAUCUUCCAUCUAUCAACACUCAGAAUCUUUGAUUCCUGAUGCCCCGGAACUCAUUCAAACUUUCCUUGGAUCGGAAAGCGACCACACCUGCAAACGCAACGCAUUCGCUGCCCUCAUGUCCAUCAGCCACCAGAAAGCACUGGAAUAUUUGAGCGAAACAUUUGACAGUAUUCCUAACGCUGAUGAGCUGUUACAAUUGGUCGAACUUGAAUUUAUUAGAAAGGAUGCGGUACAGAAUGCCCAGAACAAGGCACGAUAUUUACGAUUGAUCUUUGAUCUUCUCGAUGCUUCGGCGAGCACAGUUAUCUACGAGGCUGCUACUUCACUUACAGCCCUUACUAGCAACCCUGUGGCCGUGAAAGCAGCUGCCUCGAAAUUGAUUGAGCUCAGCAUCAAGGAAGCGGAUAACAACGUGAAACUUAUUGUGCUUGACAGGGUGGAUCAACUAAGAAUCCGGAAUGAGGGUGUCCUAGAUGAUUUGACCAUGGAAAUCCUACGUGUUCUUUCUAGCCCCGAUAUUGAUGUCCGGCGCAAAGCUCUUGGCAUUGCUCUAGAAAUGGUUUCGAGCAAGAAUGUGGAAGAGAUUGUCAUGCUUCUCAAGAAGGAGCUUGCAAAAACCGUGGACGAACAGUAUGAGAAGGCCAGUGAAUAUCGACAACUCCUCAUCCAAUCCAUCCAUCAUUGUGCAAUCAAAUUCUCGGAGAUUGCUGCUAGCGUCGUUGACUUGCUUAUGGAUUUUAUUGGCGAUUUCAACAAUAAUUCAGCAGUCGAUGUCAUUUCGUUCGUCAAAGAAGUUGUCGAGAAAUUCCCUGCUUUGCGUGGAUCCAUCAUUGAGCGUCUGGUAGCAACACUCGCCGAAGUACGAGCUGGCAAGGUCUACCGUGGUGUUCUUUGGGUCGUUGGAGAAUAUUCUCUUGAAGCCAAUGACAUUCGCGAAGCUUGGAAGCGCAUCAGGGCUAGUCUUGGAGAAAUUCCUAUCCUGGCAUCGGAACAACGGUUACUGGACGAAGUUCCUGACGAAAACGCCCCUAUAACUGAUCAAGUAAAUGGCCAUGCUAAGCCUGCGGCUCCAAGUGGGUCUCGAAAAGUGCUUGCAGACGGAACAUAUGCCACUGAAAGUGCUCUGACAAGUCGAUCAGCUGCAGCUGCUAAGUUGGAGGCCGUGAAAGCCGCCCAGAAGCCUCCAUUGCGUCAGCUCAUCCUAGAUGGUGAUUAUUAUCUCGCAACAGUUCUAUCAUCUACUUUGACCAAGUUGGUCAUGCGACACUCCGAUGUUUCUCAAGACGCUGCUCGUACCAACGCGCUUCGAGCUGAGGCUAUGCUUAUCAUGAUCUCCAUUAUUCGCGUUGGUCAAUCGCAAUUUGUGAAAGCCCCAAUUGACGAAGACUCAGUGGAUCGUAUCAUGACCUGUGUGCGCUCUCUAACUGAGUUCUCGGAGAGAAAAGAGCUUGAGACUACCUUUUUGGAAGAUACACGAAAGGCGUUCAGGACAAUCGUGCAGACCGAGGAGAGGAAGCGUGCAGCGAAGGAGGCGUCAGAGAAAGCUAAAACUGCUGUUCAAAUCGACGACACCAUUCCCAUCCGGCAGCUAGCUAAGAAGAACGCUGGGGAAGGCGCCGAUGAGAUUGAACUAGAUCUUAUUAAAGCCACUGGUGGCGAUGCUACUAUAGAGAAUCUUUCCUCGAAACUCAGCCGAAUUGUUCAGCUCACAGGUUUCUCCGACCCGGUAUAUGCUGAAGCUUACGUUCAGGUUCAUCAAUUUGAUAUUGUCCUGGACGUACUCUUGGUUAACCAAACGACGGAAACUUUACAGAAUCUCUCAGUUGAGUUCGCAACUCUUGGCGACUUGAAGGUCGUCGAGCGCCCAACAACACAAAAUUUGGGACCUCGGGAUUUCUUGAAUGUGCAAGCUACAGUCAAGGUUUCGUCUACCGAUGCUGGUGUCAUAUUUGGAAACGUGGUUUACGAUGGAUCAAGCUCCACCGAAACCCAUGUGGUUAUUUUGAACGAUAUUCACGCCGAUAUCAUGGACUACAUUCAGCCCGCCUCCUGCACAGAAACACAGUUCCGCACCAUGUGGACUGAAUUUGAGUGGGAGAAUAAGGUCAAUAUCAACUCUAAAGCCAAGGACCUUCGCGAGUUCCUGAAGCAGCUGAUGGAAAGCACCAACAUGACAUGCCUGACACCAGAUGCAUCACUUCAGGGUGACUGCCAGUUCCUCAGUGCUAACCUGUAUGCUCGAAGCGUUUUUGGUGAGGAUGCAUUAGCAAACUUGAGCAUUGAAAAGGAGGGAGAAGAUGGGCCAAUCACUGGAUUUGUGCGUAUAAGAAGUCGUUCGCAAGGGCUUGCCCUUGCUUUGGGGUCGCUUAAGGGACUGAAAGCGUCUGUUGCAUAG